ACCAGAGAAGAGUGAGGUAAGUGAGAGGCGGCCAUAAUGUGUCUCACAUUGUGUGUGUGACCACUUGUUGCUGCUGCUGUCUCUCUCACUACUCUCACUCUCCUUCCACACACACUAAACCUUCAUUAAUGUGGCUUGGUCUGGCUGGUGGAGAAGAGGAGAGGUGGUAGAGAGCACCACAGGGGGACACUACUCUACAAUAUGUCCACAACUCAACAAAUUGCUGAGGAUUUUGAGACGUUUGGUGUGUGUCUGGAUGAUAAUAAGUUACUACACAGGUACGAAGAAGCGGCAGUUAACGCCAGAUAGCAGUGUCACAAAGCGCCAUGUUGGUUCUGCUCGCUCCAUCUCUGCCCAGUUCUCACCAGCAACACUAUCGCCCAGUGUGGCAACUCCUUCCCGCAAGUACUCGUCUAGAACAAAUGCAGGAUGCAUUGUGGCAACCUAUGGGGACCCUAGCAAAGCUUCUUGGAAGGCUAACCCUGACUUCACCCCAAAGGUAAAGCUGCUGGCCAUGGGAGGUGACAAACCUCUGACCAAAACGUACAAAUACAUGUUUGAAAAAGUGAGGGAUGCAGCUGAGGCCCUAGAUGACUCUAUUGAUGCCUUAGCUGAGCAGAUAAAAGAUUCUCUUGGCAUUGAAGAAUUUUCUCAUCUUAAAGUUGCUAGUAACGAGAACAUAUUAGUAGUGGGCCGCAUUUGCUGUGACAGUGUGGGUCGACUGAAUGCUGCCUCAGUACUGCUGGAGGGUUCACAGGAGACCUCCUUCGGCAAUACAGUCCCUGUGGAUCUGUCACAGCUUUCCGAGUACUCUCUCUUUCCUGGCCAGAUAGUUGGCAUCCGAGGCCUGAACACAACCGGUGACAAAAUAAUUGCUAAGGAGUUGGUGCCUGGAAAAUUGCUUCCUCCCUGCACUGUCCCUAUUACCAUCACUAAUGAUACAGGUCCUAUCCAAGUGGUAGUGGCAAGUGGCCCAUUUACAACAACAGAAAACCUGCUUUAUGAACCACUCACAGAUCUGCUGACUGAUGUGCACAAGGAUCCCCCACAUUUGCUUAUUCUUUUUGGCCCAUUCCUUGAUGCUGCCCAUCCACUGAUAGUGAACAAUGAGCUGGGAGAAACUCAUGAUGCAGUAUUUAAUAGAUGUAUUCGAAUUAUUACAUCUACACUAGAAAACUCGGUAACUCAAGUAAUUUUGGUGCCAUCUAACCGCGAUGUAUGCACCCCCAUGGUUUACCCAACUCCUCCAUAUGAAGUGGGGGGAAAUAUUACCUGUGUGAGUGAUCCAGCACUCUUGGAUAUUGAAGGUGUUGUUGUGGCUCUUACUGCUACAGAUACAUUGUUUCACCUUGGGAAGGAAGAAAUCUCUUUCCCGCCACAAGGCCCAGAUCGAUUGGGCAGGCUUACUCGUCACCUCUUAAAGCAGCAGAAUUUGUAUCCACUUUACCCAGGGCCAGAGGGUAUCUGUAUUGAUCAAGAACAAGCUGAAAUUUAUGCACGACUUCCAUACAACCCACAUUUGCUCAUUCUUCCAUCCGAUCUUCGAUACUUCAUCAGGGACUUGGAAAACUGUGUGGUUCUGAAUCCAGAACGUCUAGCCAAAGGUCUUGUGGGAGGUACCUAUGCCAAGUUAGAGCUCCAUCCUCCAAAACAUGAAAAAACAAUGGUUGGCUCUGUGAAUGCACAAAUAAUUAAAGUUUAAAAAUUUCUGGCAAAGGAUUUUAACACUGCUUAGAAAAAAAAAUUGGCUUCAAUUGUAAAUGCUUACAGAAAAUUUAAAGUCUUACCAUACCUUAUGAAUUACUUUAUCUUUACCUAACUAGGUAUGUACUCAAAAAUGGCAAAAGUUAAUUGCAAUGAAAUUGCCAAAUACACAAAUAUUGUAUUAAAAAUAAAUACUUAUUUUAUUA